ACGGGAGAUCAGCCUAGUCUCAUUUGGCGAAUUCGGAACGCCACGACCUCUGCCUACAGGCCUUGGCUCCCAGCCGCUCUUUCCCGAUGAUAAUGGCUUUUUUUCUGUCAACGGUCCACUUGACCUUACAACCCUGACUUCCGGGACAGCAGUCGCUCCUCCUAACCGUGAUGGCCACUCUACCAUUCACCCUUUGAUUACCGACCUUUCUAGCUUCUCAGGCCAAAACCCGCGCGCCACUCCUUCUCGUCGGCAAAGCUUGAAUAAUGACUUGAAUGAUGAUGUCGUUCCCAGGUUCGUUACCUCUCCACCUAGCCAACCCGCACCCUCCCAUACCUCUUGCUAUACGUCCCUCUCUAAUAUGUUUGCAGCGGCCAACGGACACGCUCCGAGAGGAGGAGUUACCUCUGCCACGAGCGCGGCUGCACCUGGGGAUCCUCGUUUCCGACUAGACAGGCUUUCAAUCGCCACCGCGAAGCGAAGCACCUCAAGAUGCGCGUCGGCUGUCCGAUUCCGGGGUGCGAUAGGGUCGGGGAUAAGGGUAUUAAAAGGAAGGAUAAUCUUCCCCCUCACAUAUUGAAGAAACAUGGGAUUAAGGUGUCUCUUCAAUCACUCGGUAUAUAAGCGAAGUUAUUAUUACCACGAGAUAGAAGUCGUUCUGGGUGAGUUAGACUAGGGUGUGGUUCGGAUUGUCUUGGUGGUUCGAGCGGGAUGUUUCACGGAGGUUCAAUUUGCAAUGUUGGGAUACGCGCUUACACUAUUCUUUUUUUAUUCGUCUCUUGCUUAUAGCUAGCUUCGCGCCUUUGAUUGAAUGACAUUCGAUUUCUCUCUCC